AUGCGAUGCGCGAGCAAGGCCGUCGAGAGCGCGUCCACAAGUCUCUGUGCGGACGCCGAAGCAGAAACCACAGCAACUGAUGUCUCAUCGGUUGCUGAAGCGACUCAGCCUGUAUCACCUGGUGAUGCAGACGCUCGUCAUGAAGACACUCAUGACUUCACAGAGUAUGAGCUCGGUGUCUCAUACUCUCCAGAUACGGAAGAUGCAUCCUUGUCGAAGGCGGUUGAAACCAAGCCGCCUGUCAAGCGUGGCAUGGAUGAUAUAACGGGGUGA